AGGGAAGCCUUGCCCAGGGGAUUUGGGAAUACGUUUUGUCUCCAGUUGCUGCCUGGCCACUAAGGUUGUCGCAGUUGUGGGAGGAGGAGCCUUCACAGUGGGCGCCAGGCUGGGGGAGGCUGGCACAGGGUGGCAUUGCACUUCCUGGGGGGGGUGAUGGAGGCCCCCUUCACAGGAACAGGACCAGGGAGGCUGCCUUGUAUCAAGCCAGAGCAGCUGAUUAUUUUUCUGCGCUGACGGGCAGCAGGGGCUCUCCAGGGUUUCAGACAGGAGUCCUUUUCCCCAGCCCCACCUGGAGGUGACACCUAGGAUUGAACCGCAGAUAUUCUGCAUCUGAAGCAGGUGCUCUGCCCACCGAGCAGAUAAAAUGAGAACAGCUGAAAAACAUUGCAGGGGGGCAUUAAAAAACAAUUAAACAUUAAAAGAAUUCAAUUUUUUGUGGCAAGAUUCCGGUCCUCGUGGCUCUGGACUGAGUUAACUAGGACCCCUGAGUAGCUCUGCAGUUUAAUUUCCAGUAACCUCCGGAGCAAACAUCCUGAACCCUUGUUAGCAUGUGGACAUGUCCAGCAUCGCGCCCCUUGCGGCCUCUCUAGAGCAGUGCCCGCUUGCUGGCCUCUCCUCCUCGUGGUCCCGGUUCGUCCAUGGAGGAGGGCACCAUGUCGGAUCUCAUUCUCAACCUGGACACGUCCCUCCCUGCAAAGCCCAAGAAGGCCUGUGAGGGGAACCAAAAGCACCAGCGGUUCAUCAAGCGCCGGCAGUUCCUGGAGCAGAAAGGCUUCCUGAAGCAGAAGCAGCUCCCGGGGCAAGCCCCGCUGGCCCGGCGGGAUGCCUCUCAGAAGCACGGCGGGGCAGCCUGCGAGCGGGACAGGAAGAGGCCGAAAGUGGACAGGAAGGGGGCGUCUGCUGGGCAGGACAGGAAGCCUCUGCGGGAGGACAGCUCGGCCCGCAGGACCAAGACAUUCCCCAAGGAGAAGGCCGCCCGCGGGGCUAAGGACUCUGGGUCCCAGGGAAGCAAUGCCUCUGGGGGUGCCAUGGCCUCGAGCAAAGCAGGGAGCGCUGCGGGGGGCGGUUCCUCCGCGAGGCACAACGGGGCGCAGGCCAAUGGGGCCGCGGGCGAGAUCCGGAGGGUGGCCCUGCUGAGCGAGUUUGAGAGCGGGCUGUCGCCGGUGCUGCUGCCGCCCAAGCCCAGUAAGGUAGUGGCCAUUGACUGUGAGAUGGUGGGCACGGGCCCCGGCGGGCGCGUCAGUGACCUGGCGCGCUGCAGCGUGGUCAGCUACCAUGGCGACGUGAUGUACGACAAGUACGUGCGGCCGCUCAGCCCCAUCACCAACUACCGGACGCGCUGGAGUGGCAUUCAGAGGCACCACAUGAAGAACGCCGUCCCCUUCAAGGUGGCCCAGAAGGAGAUCCUCAAGGUCCUCUCUGGGAAGAUUGUUGUGGGCCACGCCAUCCACAACGACUUCAAAGCCCUCAAGUAUUUCCACCCCAAGUCGCUGACCAGGGACACCUCGAAGAACCCUCUGCUCAACCGCAAGGCCGGCUUCCCGGAGAACGAGCAGGCCUCCCUGAAGCGCCUCACCAAGCAGCUCCUCCACAAGGACAUCCAGGUGGGGAACAAAGGCCACUCCUCAGUGGAAGACGCCCGGGCCACCAUGGAACUGUACAAGGUGGUGGAGGACGAGUGGGAGAGGCAACUGGCCACCUCUCCUCAGGACUGACCCCCAACUCCAGUCGCCACCAAGCCUUGGAACCCGGAGCCGCCGGGGGAAGCCGACACUCCCCUCCCCGCCCCCCGAGCUGUUUGGGGGAGGAUGUUGACGGGUCGAUGGGGCGGAGGGAGAGGAGGGCCGGCAGAGUGAAGGAACUGACUGAGGGCGGGGGGGGGAGGAGGCAAGUGUGUCCAUUACAUUGCUUCCAUCUGA